CGGUGCCAGGACGUGGACAGGUAGUGUGCAGUCGCCGGUAAAAAGAAAGGAGAGGAAGAAACUGCAUGAAAGCUGGCACCGCCAAUCUUCAAGUUUGAGACAGGAGAGUUAAAAGGAGGAGCCUGAGCGGAAGAGCUUUCCACUCCUCUGUGUGUGUUUUCUGCUGCCCUGAUGACCCUGCAGCUGAACUCCUCUUCUGGCAGGUCUCUGAUGAACAAGCCCACUCUGACCAGUGAAGAGCGUGUGCGCUGUGUGGGCCGGAGUUUCUGUCUUGUACAGCGAGCAUUAGUCAUCCAGGUUGGUGGAUGGUGAACAAGUAACUCAGGUUGGCGGAAGAUUAAUGUGCUCACCCUUGCCAGUCAGUCUGCAGUGACGUAUCCUCUCCACAACAUCAAUACAGAUGAGAGAGAAGAGGACGAGAGAAACAGGCAGCUCCUGGAAGGCCACGCACUUGUCGCAGCACUAUUCCCGCGAGAGAGGGGGAACCGUGGGCGGUUAGAUGGAUGGAUGACCCUGCUGCCUCCCCUCCCCACCAGCCCCAGCUGUCAGCUCCUUUCCUGAGUUCCCCACCCUGCCCCCGGUACCAUGGCGUCCAGCGAGGAGGACGGCACGGUUGAGGAGAAGGAAAACAACAACAAGAAGAGAACGAAAAGCGCCCUCGCUACCGCAUGGCUCACUUUCUACAACAUCGCCAUGACCGCCGGGUGGAUGGUUUUGGCCAUGGCGAUGAUACGCUUCUACAUCCAGAAAGGCACACAUAAGGGUCUGUACAGAAGUAUAGCAAGAACACUCAAGUUUUUCCAGACCUUUGCGUUAGUUGAGGUGGGACAUUGUGCCAUCGGUAUGUUUCUGUCUGAAGAUUUAAGCCAAAAUAAGAACAAGUCUGCACCUCUGCAGUUACUAAAUGUUGUUUUAUCCCUGUGCUGUGCUGCAGGAAUCGUGAGGACUUCUGUGAUUGUAACCGGGGUGCAAGUGUGUUCGCGGAUUUUCAUGGUUUGGUUCAUCACCAACAGCAUCAGACCGAUCCAGAAUGAAGAGAGCGUAAUCCUAUUCCUGGUUGUGUGGACGAUGACAGAGAUUACCAGAUAUUCCUACUACACAUUCAACCUGCUCCACCACCUGCCGUACUUCAUCAAAUGGGCCAGAUACAACCUCUUCAUCGUCCUGUACCCUCUUGGAGUCAUCGGAGAACUAAUGACCAUUUACGCUGCUCUACCGUUUGUACGCAGAUCUGGAAUGUACUCCAUGAGGCUCCCCAACAUCUAUAACGUCUCCUUCGACUACUACUACUGCCUCAUCAUCGUCAUGUUGUCCUACAUCCCACUGUUUCCUCAGCUCUACUUCCACAUGCUUCGGCAGAGGAGAAGGGUGCUUCAUGGGGAGGUCAUAGUGGAGAAGGACGACUAGAGAGCCAUCACAUCAUGAUUUCAUUUGAGCCAGCCUGCCUCCACAUCACCCUCAACCCCCUCUUCAUCACCUCAUCUUUGUCCUUAGCACCAUCGGCUGUUACAUUCUUUAUUGCACUGGACCGGAAAAGCCGUGCAGAUGAAAACCGAGAGCUGCGAUAAGGAGUUCAUCAGUACUUAUUAAAAAGUGUAUUUAGGAUUGAUUCCUAUCUGGGCGGUAAUAUUGGAAACAUUUUUACAGUCCCAGUGUUGCUGGAGCUUGAAACAGAAGCUUGACACUGUGUUUCAGCUCAAAGAGAUCCCAUGUCCUUUUUUUUAACCCACGACCUUAAUGCACUGAAAAACACAAAACACAACACUGCAGCCACCUGUCUGAGGGAGAAAAAGGCAAAGAGAGAGGCUUCCUGGGAAAUGUGAAAUGUAACAUGGGAAGAAGAUUGUAAGUUGUGUCUCCUUAAACGUCCCCACAUCAACAAAAUUGGCAUCAUUAUUUUUUUGUGUUUUCUGCUGCAGUGGUUUUACAGAAGAAUAUUAAUAGUCCAGUAUCAUACCUCAAUAAUAAAUCCACAUGUAGACACUAUGCUGCUUCUUUUGUGUAUGUUUGUAAAUGAUUCAAUGUGAAAUGAGCGGCUAAUAAAUAAAUUUUCUUAAAGUUUUUUCACAUACUGCAGAGCAAGCACAGCUCAAACUUAACAUUUGUCUGCUUGGCUCGUCUGCAGUCUUUGUUGCAUUAAUGUUUACUGUGUUGAAUUCAUUUACAAGAGUGCAUCUUAAACAGAACUGGUACUUCUUUUUUGUGCUGCAGACAUUUCAGAUUUUUGUAAGCACUCAGCUUUCAGUUGCUGCUGUGUCUGUUUUUUAACAUACUCCUGUCUAUGUUAAUAAAACCUAGUUAGUUCCCUCCUACCAAAGGUGCUAUUGUGAGAUCCUUUCAAUCUUCUGUGCAGCUGAAGUAGUGACUGUGUUUGACCUAAAGUAGGAAAACAGGAUGUGAAAUGAUUGAAAGGAAAUGUUAAGUAAGAGAACUGCCAAUCCCAUGGUUAGCGAAGAAAACCUGGCUUACAAUCUGGGAUAGAGAAGAAGAAAAUAAAGUCGUUUUCAAACAAAAACAAAAUGUGAAAAUACCUUUUUGUGAAAAGUCAAUAAACUAAAUUCUACAAUU